AUGUCCACCCAACCCGCCAAAUACACCUUCAAACUCGCCAACAAACGCAUCCUAAUAAUAGGAGGCUCCUCAGGCCUAGGCUACGCAGCAGCAGAAGCAUCCCUCGAACACGCCGCCACCGUAAUCCUAGCCUCCUCCAACCCCUCCAAACUCGCCGCUGCCGAAGCCCGCCUGCGUUCAACCUACCCCUCCACCAAGAACAACCAGCUCAGAACCCACACAAUCGACCUCGCAGACCUCGAAAACCUGCACGCCAACCUCACACGCCUCCUCGACAAAGCAACAUCAAACGGCUCCCUCAAGAUUGACCACAUCCUCUACACCGCAGACGCAUCUUCUCCCCUUCCCUCCCUCCCGGACACGCGACCCUCCCACAUCACCGCGUCCCUCUCCAUGAGAGCCUACGCGCCCACGAUUCUCGCCGGCCUCCUCUCCACGGAGAAAUACAUCACACGCGGACCAGACACCUCGCUGACCCUGACAAACGGCUCCAGCUCCCACAGACCCAUGCCAGGCUGGGCCGUCGCCGACUGUGCCUCGGGCGCGAUGGAAGGGCUGGUCAGGGGCCUGUCUUUUAACCUCGCCCCCGUGCGUGUGAACCUCGUCUCCUCGGGGCCUGUGACGACGGAGCUGUUCCAGACGCUGCCUGAGGCGGCCAUCGAGAGGUUCCGAAGCAAGACGCUGACUAGGAGGCUUGGACGGCCCGAGGACGUAGCGGAGGCGUAUCUGUAUUUGAUGAAGGAUGGGAACAUUACUGGUGCGACCAUCUUUACUGAGGGUGGAAGAAUCUUGUCAUCGUAA